GAAAGUUUGAAUGACAUUGAAAAAAAGCCUUCAAAGCAAGGGACAAAAUUCACGCGCAUAACAUAUGGAAGUUAUCAGUUUAUUACAGCUAAAAUAAUAUUGCAUAUGAUUUGGUGGUAGGACUGAACAAUCCAGGAGAAUUUCCCGCCGAAUAGACCGGGAGGGUUUGUUGAACGAAUAUGGGGAGCCAUGGCCAUGGAUUUCAUCUGCCACGAACUGGUAAACCAGAUCAGAGCUCCAUCAAUUGGGAUUUCUGUUUAUGGUGGUCGUUUUGCAUUUGGAGGCUUCCGAACAAUGACCAAGAAGAGGAGGGAAGUCAUUCGCUUGGAGAGGGAAUCGGUUAUCCCCAUCCUCAAGCCCACGCUUAUCAACGCCUUGUCCAGCCAUCUCGAUACUGAAGACCGGUAUGAGUUUCUGAUGUUUUGCCAGAGAGUUGAAUACUCAAUUCGAGCUUGGUAUCUUCUGCAAUUUGAUGAUCUUUUGCAUUUAUAUUCAUUAUUCGAACCUAUACACGGGGCCCGAAAAUUGGAGAAGGAAAAUCUCUCGCCUGAAGAAAUCGAUGUUAUGGAACAAAAAUUUCUGGGGAAACUGUUUCAGGUUAUGGAGAAGAGCAAUUUUAAAUUAACAACAGACGAGGAAAUCGCGGUUGCACUAUCUGCACAAUAUCGUCUAAAUCUUCCCAUCUCUGUGGAUGAGUCCAAGCUUGACAAGAAGCUUUUGACGAAAUACUUCACGGAGAAUCCUCACGACAAUCUUCCAUAUUUUGCUGAUAAGUACAUAAUUUUCCGCCGUGGUAUUGGGAUUGAUCAAAUGAACGAUUACUUUUACAAAACGAAAGUAAAUGCCAUCAUUAUGCGAAUAUGGAUGUUCUUUCUCAAAGUCACAGGGUUAAAGAACCUUCUAUUUGGAGCCUCAAGAAGCCGCCAAAGUCAGGUAUUUUCAAAACAAAUUGACAUCAGUACAGAGUCAGAGGAUGAUGGCUUGUAUGUAGAGCGCAUUCGUGUUGAGAACAUGACAUUUGGGAUCUCUAUGCUAUUGAACAAGAUUACGAUCCAAGAACCCACAUUUGAUAGAAUUAUCGUUAUUUACAGGCCAGCAAAUACGACAAAGGAAAUGGAACGGGGUAUCUUUGUCAAGCAUUUCAAGAAUAUACCGAUGGCAGAUCUUGAGAUUGUGCUUCCGGAAAAGAAUAAUCCAGGUUUAACUCCAAUGGACUGGGUGAAGUUCCUCGUGUCUGCUGCAAUCGGGCUGGUUACUGUUAUUGGCUCGCUUAGCGUCCCUAAAGCAGAUGUCAAAGUCAUUUUUGCUAUCCUCUCUGCAGUCGGUGGUUACUGUGUGAAAACAUAUCUCUCGUUUCAGGGUAAUUUAGUGUCAUAUCAGAGCCUAAUCACAAGCUGCGUGUAUGACAAACAACUAGACAGCGGAAGGGGCACUCUUCUUCACUUGUGUGACGAAGUUAUUCAGCAAGAAGUAAAGGAGGUGAUUAUUUCCUUCUACAUAUUGAUGAAACAGGGAGAGGCGACAAAACAGGAGCUUGACCUGCGGUGUGAGGAGCUGAUUAAAGGAGAGUUUGAUCAGAGCUGUAAUUUUGACGUGGAUGAUGCAGUUCACAAGUUACAAAAGCUGGGGAUCAUUGUCCGGGGUGCGGAUGGGGCAUAUUCCUGUGUAGAUUUGAGGAGUGCUAACAAGAUCAUAGGCAUCACCACAGAGGAGAUAGUUUCCAAAGCCAAAGAAGGCGAUGCCUCCACUACUUGAUACCAUAAUUAUACAGAAACUGUAUGUCCUAUUCUGCUUUCCAUUCUCACACAAGGAAAGCAGUAUUCUAAAAUUACUUAAUAACUUAAAAUAUCAAUGCAUAGUUUGUUUCUAAGAGCUAUGUAUUCAACCCAUCAAGCACAGCACGUGUAUAACUUGAUUACGAAAUGAUUUCAAUUUUCAAA